ACACAACUUCCCACCCUUCUACUAGCUCACUGAGCUCCCUUUUCCCCUUCUUGCAAACAAUUAUGACCAUGGCUAGUCCAUUCGUCGUCUUUGUUUGUCUAGUCAUCGUGCUACCUCAAAUCCAGGCCACUUCUAACCCCUACAAUGGGACUGUACCUCUUCAGGGGUGUCAGAUCCCUUGUAUGACCGAGGUUAACUUGCACUUGUUCUUACACCAAUUUGUUGAUGGACCAAACACGCCAAAUCGCAAUGAAGAAACCUUGGCCGCAACAACUUUUCCUUUUGGGUUUGGGACGACGAUAGUCCAUGACUGGACUCUUACUGAGACAACAAAUUCCAAAGAUACCGUUGUUGCGCGUGCACAAGGCGUGCAUGUCCAGGCUGGUUUAACCAAGGAUAAUAGAUGGUACAUGACUCAUAACAUAGAGUUUGAGCAAGGAAGGUUUGCAGGGUCUACCCUUCAGGUGAUUGGCAUAACGGCGGGUUUGGAAAAUGGUCAGUGGUCCAUUGUCGGUGGGACUGGUCAAUUCAUUAUGGCACAGGGUAUAAUAAGUUUCACAAGGCAUCCUGCCUCUACUUGGGAAGAUGGUAUUAAAGAACUUAAUAUCCGUGUACGCUACACGAUUCCACAACCUGCUUGAGGCGCAGCUCGUUUGUUGGAAAAUAAAGCCGGCGUGAGGAAUUUGAUGGAAACAAUGUAUUUGCACAGUUUCUUGCGGCGUGAUGGAUCGUUAAUGUGGUCCGCUUGUGUCACGAGAGUAUGCAUUAGCAUACCCUCUUUCUAUCUUUCAUUCAAAAUAAGAUGUGGGUUUAUAGCAUGGUGUCACGAGAGUAUGCAUUAGCAUACCCUCUUUCUAUCUUUCAUUCAAAAUAAGAUGUGGGUUUAUAGCAUGGUGGAUGUCCAGUCCUUAAUCCAUGUCAACCCAUCUGUUUGUUGGUAUCUAUGUAAUGUCUUGGAUAUGCUUUGCAAAAUAGUGAAGCUUGUUUGUUUGAGAAACUGUUGUCCCCAAAGAAUUGUAUUAUGAUUUCUGUGUAUAAUCAUGCCACGGGCAUAUAAAUAUAUAAUAUAUGAAUACAUAAAGCGUAAUAAAUCAAGGAACACAAGACAACUAUCGUUCAUACACUUAACAGUGUUUAUCCAAGAAGCAUUUUACAUCAAGGGCCCUAAUAAGAUGGAAACAAUGUCUUUAAACAGAAACUGUGCACAUAUUGUGGCUCGUUUUCAGUUGUAGAGAAACUAAAUUUGUAACACAUACAACAUGCUAGCAAACUUGAUUAAUAAAGAGGAGAGAAACAAGAUCGCAUAUAAUGUGAUUUGUUUCAGUUGCAGAGAAAACUUUGGAGGGCAUAUUUUAGAUGGGUCUAGUGUGAGCUAAUAGAAGUUGCAGCCUACCUAGCAAUUAGAGGUGAGAAGUGAAGAAAUAAAAAC